UUUCCCUUGUCUUGUUUGCCCAGCUCAGCUUCAUUUUGUCACACUUCUCCAGUCUGAACUCCAUUUGCCACUUUUCUGCCCAUCUGACCAGCGUGUUGAUAGCUUCCUGCAUGUACAACUCCCACUUUUCUUCUGCUUGGAAAUGUCCAUCCCUGGCACUCCUGUGGCUCAGUUCACUGUGUGGGAUUAUGUGGUGUUCAUCGUCAUGCUUCUCAUUUCUGCAUCCAUUGGAAUCUAUCAUGCAGUUAAAGCCAGAGGCCAGCAAUCCAACAGCCAGUAUCUGUUGGGGGGCAGGCAGCUAACGGCAGUGCCUGUCGCCAUGUCCCUUACCGCCAGCUUUAUGUCUGCAGUUACAGUGAUUGGGACACCAGCGGAGGUUUACCGCUAUGGCGCCAUCUUCUUGAUCUUCUGCUUUAACUAUGUUGUAGUGACCAUCGUCAGCGCUGAAAUCUUCCUGCCUGUAUUCUACAGACUCAACAUCACCAGUACUUAUGAGUAUUUAAGUAUGAGGUUCAACAAGCCAGCUCGAUACAUUGGGACCUCUUUCUACAUCAUUCAAACAGUGCUGUACACUGGGAUUGUCAUUUAUGCCCCUGCAUUAGCAUUAAAUCAGGUAACUGGACUUGAUCUCUGGGGCAUUCUUGUUGCAACAGGUCUUGUCUGCACCCUUUACUGCACUCUGGGUGGUCUGAAAGCUGUGGUAUGGACUGAUGUGUUCCAGAUGGGGAUUAUGAUCUCUGGGUUUAUGGCAGUGAUAAUCCGAGGCGUGGUUAUCCAAGGAAGCUUUGAACGGAUCUGGAAUAUUUCGUAUCAUGGAGGAAGACUCAACUUUUGGGACUUUGAUCCAGACCCCUUAAGACGACAUACCUUCUGGACGAUCAUGGUUGGUGGGAGUUUUAUGUGGACGGCAAUUUAUGGUAUCAAUCAGUCUCAGGUCCAACGGUACAUCGCUUGUAAAAACCAGUGUGAGGCUAAACUGUCUCUCUACCUUAACAUGGUCGGCCUGUGGAUAACAGCCAUAUGUGCAGUGUUCACUGGGCUCACUAUGUACUCCAACUAUCACCAGUGCGAUCCCCUGACAAUGAAACAAGUCAAAGCACCAGACCAGUUGCUCCCAUACCUGGUAAUGGAAACCCUGCACGAUUUUCCUGGUGUUCCAGGAAUCUUUGUUGCAGCUGCAUACAGCGGGACUUUGAGUACGGUUUCCUCCAGUAUCAAUGCAUUGGCUGCUGUCACAGUGGAGGACCUCAUCAAACCUCACACCAGUUUAUCAGAUCAGAAACUUUCUUGGAUCGCAAAGGGACUCAGCUUAAUGUUUGGAAUCAUCUGCAUUGGAAUGGCUGCAUUAUCCUCUCUCAUGGGAAGCGUGCUCCAGGCUUCCCUCACUAUUUUUGGGGUUGUUGGUGGUCCACUGCUAGGAUUCUUCCUUUUGGGCAUGAUAUUCCCUUGCGCUAAUGCAACUGGUGCAAUAUCUGGUCUUGCUGUCGGUUUCCUAUUGACUCUAUGGAUAGGAAUUGGUGGACAGAUCUAUCCCCCACUACCCGAUCAAACGCGACCUUUACCCCUCAGCAUAGAAGGAUGUCUUGUCAACAUUACUGAGCUCCCAGAGCCAGUGACAGGAAGCCCCUGGACAACAAUAAACCCAGUUUCAGAGCUGAACUCCAGGCCAGCAAUUGCAGACACUUUGUAUUCAAUCUCGUACCUUUACCUGAGCCCAUUAGGAACCAUGGUUGUCUUGAUUAUUGGGUUCAUAAUCAGCUUGCUGACAGGAGGAAGGAAGAACAAGGUGGACGAGAAACUCCUGAUUGUAAAGAGAGAUCUGCUGUGCUGCUUCAGGUCUGCCAAAACAAAUGUUCACUCAAAGACUGAGAUCACCAAGGAGAAUUUGCAUGGAAUAGCCGAUAGUGGAAAGGACAACCCCACCUUCAGUGACCAGGAACUCAACUAUUCUGAGAAAGAGAAUCACAUUCAAUCCACAACACGUUUAUAGCAAGCUCAUUGACCUCCUCUGAUAAAAGUGUAGUGAGCCAGUCAUCAGGCUUCGGGGAUUUCAUUUCCCCUACCUAGUGCACUGGAUAUGUCCGUGUAAAAACGCUUUGUGCACUGUUUCAAGGAUCACUGGAUUUGAAAUUCCACAAAGCUCUUCCAGCCUUCUCAGUACUACUCUUAACCACAGUGUAAAUAGAAUUUUCCACUGCUCUUCCUGUCCAAUCUCACCAGCAGAAGCAGCUCCUCUCACCAACCUGCAUCUUUCUUAGGUUCAAAGUUAGGAUGACCUUACAUGUCCCACAUUAAAAUCAAUCUUCUACAGUUUUGACCACUCACUUAUACUGACCCUUUGCAAAUUUCUGCUUCCAUCAAUUUUCUGUGCCACCCAACUUAGUAUCACCAACGAAAUUAAUGGUGUGGCUCUCCAUUCCUUCAGCAAUACAGUGAAAAGCUGAGAUCCCAGGACAGAUCCCUGAGGGACACCAUUAUUCACAUUCUACCAUUUGGAGUACAUGCCUAUUUUUCUCUCUGUUUCCCAUCUCCUAAUUCCCCUCCCAAUUUCAAUAGGUUGCCUCCAAUUCCAUGCACUUUAAUUUUUGCCAUACUUUCUUGCAUGCAAUCUUAUUGGAUGCCUUUUGUUAGCCCACACAAACAACAUCCAUAGACAUUCCCUUGUCGAUAGGGGUGAAAAUGGUUGAAGACAAAAAGGUCUGAAAAUUUUUUGUGACAAGGAAUCAUAGCACUUUUUAUG